AUGGUUUCGACCGAGGAAAUAACGCAGGCAGUAGUGAAUUCAGCACCUCAGGUCACGCGACCAAAGCUCGGCUUCAGUAUUGAUUCUAUAGUGGGAAAAAAUCGAGCGGUGCAAGAGGAGAGCCGAGACGACGGUGACAGCGAUGCACCAGCAUCGCGCACCCCUUCGCCAUCGAACCGACCUCCUCACGAUCAUCAUACCCAUCCUCUGCAUCAUCGUGGAAUAGAUUCACCCGGAAGUGCGGACUCCGAUCCGGAGAGCAGAGGAGCACAACCGAUCCCUCGACGUCCCCUGCCCCUACCUCAGACGCAUCUCGAUAUGGUCGACCCGCUGAGAGCUCCUUUCUCAGUCGGGUUCCCUACACCUCAGUUCCUCAUGAGAAGCCCAGAUCAGCCUCAACCGCAGCCCCUGUACCCCUGGUUGUUAGCUGCGCGACAUUCGCGUUUCUUCGCUCAGCGCUUCCCUGGUCCGGACGUUCCAUCAUUCCUUCUGCACCCCUUCCGGAAGCCGAAAAGAAUCCGAACCGCCUUCUCACCGUCACAGCUUCUGAAAUUGGAGCACGCUUUCGAGAAGAAUCAUUACGUCGUCGGAGCAGAGAGGAAGCAGCUAGCCCAAUCGUUGAGCUUGACGGAAACACAGGUGAAAGUCUGGUUCCAGAACAGACGGACGAAACACAAACGACAGAAACAAGAGGAAUCUGAAGGAGGCUCUGUCGGAGCGGGCCAAUCGAAUAAUAACAACAACAACACGACGCCGCCUUCGCCCGGCUCUAUGUCACCGGACAUCGAGCUGGAAGAAAGCGAUGAGGAAGACGAUCCAAUGGCGAGCAGUCCUCAGCAACAGCAUCUCCAACUGCAGCAGCAGCUCCAGCAGCUGCAGGGAAUUCCUCCUCAAUUAUUGAAUCCUCAGCUGCAACAACACAUACAGCUGCUCCAGCAGCAGCAUCACCAUCUUCUACAGCAGCAAGCAUUGUUCGCAGCUGCCGCCGCCGCCGUUGCUCUAGUCAUUUUCGGCCAUCAUCGACUCUCAUCUGUGGCUUUCUCGGCUGGCUGGAUGUUAGUUUAUUCAUUUGUAGUUUGUCGAUACGAAUGUUUGCUUUUCGACUGA